GGCAUUUUGUGGGAUUUAUUGGUCUAGAAUUUAUUGCUACUGGKUUUUUUCCUCGACAAUGUGGAAGGUGUGCAUUCUAAAAAUCUUACAAUGGCUGAUAUACAAAGUGAACCAGACUCUUGACUUCACUAUCGGUUAUUCGUUGGCUUCUGGCUGGGAAAAAGACUGUUUAAAGGCUAGAACUCGCUAUGAAUCGUCUGCACAGAUCCUUAAAAUUGUCUUCAGAGCAAAGUGGAUAGAGACGGAUUCUGCCACGCAAGAAAAUUUUCUCCUUCUUCACACUGACUAUGUUCAUCCCAAUCACGUACGCCGCGAUAACAUCACUUUGAUGGGCGUGACGUCAGAGCAGGCGUUUUUUGCAGUUGUCUCUCCAGACAUGGAUGUGUACAGUUCUAAUUUGCAUCCUUUCGUAUUUGGUGCCCAAUUCAAUUUUGCAUCCCACCUCAUCGUAAUGCCAAUGAAAUCUUUCCACAUUCUUGCUGAAGAAAUAGGUGAUCCAUCACCUAAGAUUGUACUGGUAUCCAGUACUGGGAGGUGUGGCUCAACAUUACUGGCGCAAAUGUUGGAAAACGUCCCUAAAACACUAGUUAUGUCUGAACCAGAUGCAUUAAGUCAAGCAUAUUUUGAACACGUAAUGAGGAACACAACCGACAUGGAAGACAGCGAGAUCGUGAGGAGUAUAGUGAGAUUGCAGUGCAAAAAACAACAGGCGAAGGAAAUCGAUAUGAUUGUCAUUAAAUCAAGAUCAUUCUGUGUACGACAAAUUAGAAAAAUCAACGUUCAWUGCAGCUAUGUUAAGCAUAUAUUCAUGUAUCGUCAGCCAGGAAACACCAUAAGUUCAUUUGUAAAAAUUAUGCCCGAAUUCCCCAAGCCAAUAAGAAAGAUGAUGACACUAAAACUUAUACCAAACUUAGGGGUUUUUACUCCUAUACCUAACACAAGAGAGUACGAGUCAAUGRCAAUCAGCAGCAGUUUGUUCAGUAAUCUUACCCUGUAUGGUAUCUUUACACUGAGAUGGAUCUUCAUGUGUGCCUGUUAUAUURMAUACAAACACCAMGGAAUAGAUAUUUACCCACUCAAGUAUGAAGACCUGGUGAAAAAUCCCGAGUAUAUGAUAUCCCAGUUGUUUUCKUUCCUYRACAUUCGCAAGGGACACAUCCCCCAAGCUCUUCAAGCCCUCCAGAAGGAUUCUCAAAGAGGUUCGUCCUUAGCAAAAGAUCGGCGUUCAAAGCCUACUGUAAGCGUUGAAGAACUCCAGGAAAGCAAUUUCCUUCUCCAACAAGCUGGGUUUGCUUCUCUUGACGAUUUUCAGGAAUUACCAAAUCAGAAGCAGUUGAAACUGGAUUCCUUUUUCUUUUCGUCGUGAUGAUGCACUUGAAAGGCAUUUAUGCAAUUGCUGGAAUCUCGACUUCGCUUUGAAAAGCAAAAACACACGGACACCUAUCUACCUAUUCUCAAGAAAGUAAUUUCAAAUUCAAAUGAAAACACCCCGCAGAUAUGAUAAU